AUGGGCAUGCAGUAUGGCCUGACUGCCAAGCAGAUCGAGCAGCAGUGCCAGCAGCUCAUCUCCGCCAUGACCACCACCUCGGAUGAGAUUGUCAAGAAGUGGUCGCCUGCCUCGGAGAACCCCCCCGACCUGGACUCGACCCUGAUCAAGUGGCACCAGAAGCACGACUGGGCCGCCACCAUGCAGUCGCAGCUGACCAUCUUCCUGAUGGUGGGCUCGCCGGAUCCGGCCGUCCGCGCGGCCGCCUCCGCCGCCCAGUCCGCCCUGAAGCUGGCCUGGGAAAAGCAGUACACCAACCCCGCCCUGUACAAGGUGUUCAAGGCCGCGGCAGCCGGCUGCUCCCGGCCCGACCUGCCUGUCCAGACGGCCCGGCUGCUGGACCACACCCUCAAGCGCAUGGAGCAGCGGGGCUCCGGCAUCACGGACCCCGCGGCGCAGGCCGAAUUCGCCGAGCUCAGCGAGCGCAUCGCCUCGCUGCAGUCGCGCUUCGUCAACAACAUCAAUGAGAACGCCGCCAAGGUGUACUUCUCGCGUGAGGAGCUGGAGGGCUGCCCGGCGGACUUCAUCGACGCGCUGGAGCGCGUCCCGGCCGCCGACCUCCAAGCCACCGGCGACCUGCUGACGCCCGGGCCGGAGCACUUCUUCGUGGUGACCACCUCGCCGCCGCACGUGCAUGUGGUGCUCGAGCAGUGCCAGGUGGCCAGCACCCGGCGGCGUCUGUCGGCGGCGCGCGACCGCCGGGCCGUGCGCGCCGGCAACCUGGACAUCCUGGCCGAGCUGCUGACGGCUCGCCACGCGGCGGCCCGGCUGCUGGGCUUCGACACCCACGCCGACCGCCGCCUCCAGGGGGACACCAUCGCCCAGCAGCCGGCCACCGUCGGGGCCUUCCUUCGCGAGGCGCAGGAGUCCGGCGUCCGUGCCGAAUGCGACCGCGAGCUGGCGGCCCUGCGUGACCUGGCCCCGGGGCUGGUGCCCGCCGGGCAGGAGGACAUCCGCUGGUGGGAUGUGGCCUUCCUGCAGCGCAUCUGGCGCGAGCGCAACAUGAAUGUCGAUGAGGAGGCCCUGCGGGCAUACUUCCCGGUGUCCCAGGUCCGGGACCUGAUCUUUGCCGUCCGGGCUGCCCUGGUGGCGGCGGUGGCGGUGCAGACCUGGGUCCUUCAUGCCGUCUUCUCCGAAUCCGAGCACUCGCUCUUCUCGUGGGCAUGGUCGGCGGCCGCCUACCCGGCCGGCGUGGAGCAUGAGUUCCUCGAGGUGCCGUCCCAGCUCUUCGAGAACUGGGCCUGGUCGGUGGACGUCCUCCUCCGGGCGGCCCGGCACUACCGCACCGGGGAGGCCCCCUCGCGCGAGACCCUGGAAGCCUUGGUCCGUACUCGGACCGCCGGGCUCGGGGUCCGCUACGCCCGGCAGAUCGCCCUGUCCCGUGUGGACAUGGACAUGCAUGGCGAGCCGCCGGCCGGCGGUUGGACCGCCGACCGCCUGCGCGCCCUCUACGACCAGGCAGUCCUCGACGCCACCGGCAUGGCCUCGGCCUACGUGCAGGCCGAGGCCGAGGGCCAGGCCAUCGGCCAUGUUCGCGACCCGGAUGCCGACAUUCGGCCCUGCAUGCUGGGCUCCUGGUUCCACAUGGUCCAGGGCUAUGACGCCGGCUACUACGGCUACCUGUGGGCCGACGUUCUGGCCCAGGUGUGCUACUCGCUGUUCAAGCAGUCGCCCGAUCAGUUGAAUGACCGCAAGCAGGGCCAGCGCGUGCGCCGCAUGCUCCUCGAGCCUGGUGCCACCACCGACGCCAGCGACAUGCUUUCGGAGUUCCUCGGCUCCAACUACCAGUCUGACAUCCCCAGCGUCCGGUGCUUCAUCCGGAAUAUCUUCUACUAG